AUGGCUCCAAACUGAAUAUAUAGGUGCGCCCUGAGACCGAAGGUUGCACGCUUCACAUUCACUCGAUAGUUCUUUUAACAAUGGCGUUCUCGGCGGAUCCGACCGCACAGCCCUACGUCGUCGAGGACUGCCGCGGGGUGCUGCAGCUUCUCAGCGACGGUACAGUCGUGCGCUCUGCGGCCUUGCCCUUCCCUGUAGACGGCAACGUCGCAUAUAACGACCACGGCCGCGUCGAGUGGCAGGACGCCGUGUACGACGCCGGCCUCGGCCUCGGCCUUCGCAUGUACAAGCCGACGACGAACGCCAGAGAGGAGGGCAAGAAGCUCCCCGUGCUCGUCUACUUCCACGGCGGGGGCUUCUGCAUUGGCUCCUGCACGUGGCCCAACUUCCACGCCGGCUGCCUCCGCCUCGCCGCCGAGCUCCCCGCCGUUGUACUCUCCUUCGACUACCGCCUAGCCCCUGAGCACCGCCUCCCCGCUGCCCACGAGGACGCCGCCGCGGCCCUCCUCUGGCUACAGAACCAGCUCGCUUCCGACCCGUGGCUCGCCGACGCGGCCAACCCACGCAAGGUGUUCGUCUCCGGCGAGUCUGCCGGUGGCAACAUCGCGCACCACCUUGCCCUCCGGUUCGGCAGGGCAGGGCUGGACCCGAUGAGGAUCGAGGGGUACAUCCUGCUCAUGCCGGCAUUCUGCUCAGAGCAGCCGACGCAGUCCGAGCUUGACUCACCGCCGACGGCGUUCCUGACUAGGGAAACCUGCGACAGAUACUGCCGCCUCUUCCUGCCCGCCGGAGCGAACAAGGACCACCCGCUGGUGAACCCGUUCGGGCCGGACAGCCCAAGCCUUGAGACGUUGGACGUCGGCCGCGUGCUCGUCGUGGCCGCGGAGGGCGACCUGCUGAGGGACAAGAACGUGGAGUACGCGGAGCGGCUGAGGGCGGCUCGGGGUAAGGAAAACGAUGGCGUCGAGCUCGUCGUGUUCACCGGCGAGGAGCACGCGUUCUUCGGGGUGAAGCCGAUGUCAGCAGCCACCGGCGAGCUCGUCCGGGUCAUCAGGCGGUUCAUGGCCACGGAGACGGAAGCAGCCUGCUGAGAAGACUGAUCGAGUGGCUGUCGUGCGUGGAGGUUUGUCACUUUUUUUUUUGAAUCGUGGAGGUUAUCAUCUCUGCGUCGUGUCGUCUACAUUUUGUAUGUCCUCCUCUUGUCUCAUGCCCACAAUAAUGGCAACGAUUUGUCACAUUGCCUU